AUGCUCCCUGCAUCCUAUUCUCCAUCCAUACGUCGACUUCAAAGCUUGAAUAAAGAUGCUCAACGUCUCGGGUCGCUGGAGCCUUUUCACCGGGUGAAACUGAGUUAAAUUACCAAUUAACACAUAGCCUACAUUUGGAGGGACGCACACAGAGGAGACCCAUUGUAUCCUGGUUUCGUCGCGCGGGCACUCCACCGACAUGGAACUGAAGAAAUCUAUUUCGGACACCGAGCGCGCGCUCAGGAGCUACGGCGCCGUGUCGGAAACGGCAUGGACAACGGACAAAGGUCAUUCAGAUGUGUCCAUGGCAGAGAGCACUAUGGCUCCAGAGGAGAUCGAGGUGGAGAUGGCUCGUAUUCAGCGCCUGCGAGAGGUCCUGGUACGCCGGGAGUCGGAGCUGCGUUUCAUGAUGGAUGACAUUCAGCUCUGCAAAGACAUCAUGAGUUUAAAGCAAGAGCUGAGACAGAUUGUCACAGUACCAGAGAAAGAAAAAAACAAGAAGCACAGGCAGCGAGAAGAAGAGCUGAUUCUGAAGAUCCAUAAACUGGUGCAGAAGAGGGAUUUCCUGGUUGACGAUGCUGAGGUGGAGAGAUUAAGGGAGCGAGAGGAGGACAAGGAGAUGGCCGAGUACCUCAGACUGAAGUUGAUGCCUCUGGAGAAGAAGCUCAAAGUCACACAAAGCAAGAUCCUCCAAAGCCCAAGAGACAAAUACCAGAGCCGCCUCCCAACAAACCAUCCAUCACCAAGUCAGGAGUGGCCAUCAUUAAGGAUUGCUGUGGGGCCACCCAGUGUGCUGUCAUGUAACUCACACAGACCCCUUUGUGACCUUGUCCCUGUGUCGAAAACACACCCACAUCUCAUUGACACGCCAUGCAUCACUUCCUGUGACUCAGAGAACCUCCGUUAACUCCGUUUUGCCCUUGUAGCUGUUCAGGAAUUCGGUUAGUAGUUGAAUCGAUAAAUAUUUAAGUUUCAGCGACAUAGUUUGAGCCCAGAGUUUAGGAGCUGAUCCCUAAUCAAUGCUUCAGUGUAACCUCACUAUGGUUUCUGGAAGUGUCCACAGUAUGUAUGAAGUAAAGGGAUUUGUAAAUACAAAUCUGAUUAAAGUCUACAAUUUGGAUUAGAAUGGGUCAUUCCAUCAUGUAACAUUCCUUUAAGAUGAAAAUUCUAAGAUCAUGGUCUAGUAACUGUGGCAGCAUUUCCAGAACUACAAGCACAAUGUCAACAGAGUUAAGUAUUAAUGCUGAGAUUCUCUGACAGAAA